GUAGUCAGUCCAAAAUUUAAUAUUCUCACCAGAUCCGAUACGCCAAACCAAAGUUUUUUCCAACAACUGAGCACCAUCAAUGAAGCAUUUCCAAGUAACAUUAGCGCCCUUCCACAGAGCAGUAUUUAUAAACAAAUGUUUAUUCUGUCCAACUAUAUAUUUAUCACAUAACUAAUGCACCCAAAGUCCAUCAUCCUGUUGAAUCACCCUCCAAGAAUUCUUAGCAAGCAUGGCAGAGUUCAACUAAUGUUUCCAGUUCACUUUCUGCCUUGCUAGUGAGAGUGUGUGAGCUUUCCAAGCAGCAAGUCGUUUUUGGGUUCGUUCUGCCAAGUCCUUGUAAGUCGUCAUCGUUUCUACUUCUCAAAACUUCAACUUUUCUUUAUUUUUUCCAGCCGUUCGAUUCUCUGAAGUCAAUCCAGACCAUCCAAAUGAUUGCCGGCCUAAGUUUACACACAUUCUGGUAGGCAAAGAAGCAAAGCUCAUCACUUUGCCUCCUUGUACGUAAUGAUUGCCGACUUGCAGUUCAGAGCAAGCAAGGUGGGAACUUUCUGAACAAAUAAAGUUUGAGAGAGAGAGAAGCGCGAAGCUUUAGCUUUUGAAGAGAGAGAUGAGAGGCUUUAGCUAUUGAAGAGAGAGAGAGAGAGAGAGCUUUGGCUUUUGAAAAGGAGAGAGAGAAGCUUGUCGAGAAAUGGAGGGCAGCAGUAGUAGUAAGAGUGGCGUUGUGGUGGUGGCCAAUGAGAGAAGGCCAAGUGGGGGGAAUCCGAAUCAAGAAUCCUUUUACUUUGAAACUGGGUCAAGUAUUUACGGGCUUUGGCGUAGGCUGCGGUGUUGGUAUCGGAGUUGGCCGCCCUAUAAAUCUAGGUACUCUCUCUCUCUCGGACACGUACAGCUUCUCUCUCAAAUCUAAUUUCAUAUGGAAGAUGGACUUGGGGCGGCUCUUCAAACCCAAAAAUGGUGAAACCCAUCAGACACAAGUUGCUAAGAAACCAUCAGGUGCAAUACCAGCACUGAAUCAAGUCAUGGGUGCUACAAGAGGUGCCACUGAUGCAUUAUCUGGUGUUAGCAGGCAUGUAAACAACACUUUGAGGAAGGUGGGAGCCAAGAACAUUGAAGCAGGGAUUGGAUGUGGAGUUGGUAUUGGCCAUGGUUUUGGAGUUGGCCUUGCUCCGAAGCCAGGACUGUUGCAGCAAAUUCAAUUUCGUUUUGUACAAGGUAUGACAAAGAUGAUGAUGAAGUUUGGGAUUUUUCCCAAUUUACCCAUUGGUCAAGCUGCCCUCCCAAGUUCCUUGCAAGGUGCCAUGGGAACUUUAAAUGACCUGAGCCAAAAUAAAAUGGGAAGUAACACGCAGUUGUCAACAAAACUAACAGACUACACAUCUCAAGGCUUGCCUGGAUAUGGACGUAACAGGUGCUGGUUCUCCAGUUGAUACACCUUUUGGUAGUCGAAUAGAAAAUGUUCUCAGCAGUUUUCAGAAUCCACUUCUGAAGGGAAAGGACAGUGAACAGAAUGAAGGGGCUGGAUGCGUGAGGUCGGAGGAAAAAAAUCCUUCAAAUGAUAUUGAAACACCAGCAAGUCAUUGAAGAGCUCGCGGAGGAGAACGAGAAGCUUCGCCAAGUACUAGUGGAAGACCUGAAAGUAUCACCUAGCAAGCUGCAAGCAAGUUAUUCAAGUAAAAACACAUCUCCGUGUACAGAUUGUUUCAAGUGUCGAAGAAAACAAAGGAGAAAAUAGAUGAAGCAUAAGGAUUCUGUUAGAUAGCAUUCAAGCGCAAUGACAACAACGAAGGGUAUUAACCGACGCCCCUUUGACCGGAGUUUGAUUGCUCUGCUUACACGGCCGGACACCCUAAGGAGCAUCAUCUGGAUCAGUGGCUUACAAUUUACAAGCUAAUCAAAGAAACCAUGCAAGUAGAAUCCAAGUUGCCUUACAGAGAGAGGCAUUACACAUAGAAACCAGUUGAGGUGAGGUGCCCUGGUUAGUUUUAGACAUAAGUUUAGACACAACUAUUAGGCCAUUGGAUCACUAUCAACGGAUGAGAUUGAAUCUGACAUGGCAGGUUUAAUUUACAUUUUAAAUAACUAAACUUUGAAAUAAUAGAUCAAACAUGUCAUGUUAUUAAGAAUACUUGGAAAUGUUAUUGAGAAGAAAGAAUGUUAACCAAA